GAGAUAAUUGCAUGAAAUCCACGUUUCGAAACAUCCACCUUCCCAGAAAAUGAAUUAACAACCACAUUUCAAAUUCCCCAAUCUUUAGGUUAAUUAUUAAAUUAAUUAAAUCUCCAUUUCCAAGUGGCUCUUCUCCUUCCAAUUAUUUCUGCCUCUUUCCCAGCUCCCAAACACUCCCUAAUCUCCUCUCUCUCCUUUCAGUUGCCUUUCUUGAAUUUCUUUUUGUCCAAUUCAAACUUUCCUGUGAUGUAAAUUACUAGGGUUAGGGUUUGUAAUUUAUCCCAAUGUUGAGCUCCUGUUGCUCCCAAUCUCUAUCUCCACGUGGCUCAGUUCUGCUUCCUUCAAUUUCCAGGCUUAGGGUUAUCAAUCGACCCGGGUUUGUUAAUUAUCCUGUUGUCACCCGUAAUUCUCGGAUCUUUGAAUCCAAUUCUAGGUCGUCAAAAAAUAGAUGGAAAAUCUCAUGUUUUAGACAUGAGGAUUUUUCUUCAGUUAAUCCCAAGUCUGAUGGUGUUGAACAUAGUUUACCUGAGAACUUGGUUAAACAGCCGGAACCUGAACCCGAACCUGGCAAUUCGAAUGGUGUUAAAAGGGAUUGGAUAUCGAUUCGACAGAUUGCAGAUGUAGUAUGUAAGGCCGUUGGGAGCCGGUGGACUGUACCCUGGACAGCAGAGACCAUAGUGCAGGUGAUGCUUCUUUGGGUUGUCUCAUUCUGGUUUAUAGGGUCCUGGGUAAUUCCUUUUGCAGCCCAUGCGGCAGGUUUUAACAAGGAAUCUCUAACAUUCAGAGGACAAGCUUUGUUCAGCCUAGUGACCGAUGUAACAGAAGGCCUUGCUGGAAUUGCAAUCCUUCACCGAUGCCUAUCUCGAUUCCGCCCGCUCUCAUCCGAUUGGUUUAAGUUUAGUGUGAAAGGUAAUUGGGUAUUUGACGUGGCUCUCGGAUGCUUCAUGUUUCCAUUGGUCAACCGGCUUUCACAGUUUAAUAUGAGCCUAUUGCCAAUCCUGCCAUCAACACCAGUCACUCUCUCAAGCGUUGAACAAUCAAUCGCAGCACGAGACCCGGUAGCAAUGGCACUGUAUGCAAUAGUGGUUUCAAUAUGCGCUCCUGUUUGGGAGGAAAUUGUCUUCCGGGGUUUCCUUCUCCCGUCUUUAACCAGAUACAUGCCUGUAUGGUGUGCGAUCCUGGUGAGUUCAGUUGCCUUUGCUCUAGCGCAUUUCAAUGUACAGAGAAUGUUACCGCUUAUUUUUCUCGGGGUGGUGAUGGGGAUUAUAUUUGCAAGGUCCAGGAAUUUAUUGCCGUCUAUGCUUUUGCAUAGCCUUUGGAAUGGCUUUGUGUUCUUAGAUUUAAUGAGAUAGCUUAUUAGCAUGGUACUUCCCAUAUAGAUUUUUAAUCAGUCGAUUGCAUCGCAUCACACGGAACGGAUAUGUUUUCAGCAAACGAUGAUCGACAGCCAUAGUCAGAAAGCUUUAUAGGUCAACCAGCAGAAUGCAAGUAGUACUGACAAGAGAUUGAUAGGCCAUUUUUAUAGAAGUAGUCGGAGUAUGUAGACGUGUCGUGUUGGGUCGUGUGUGUAAGUAUACGAGGGGAUAAAUGAAUAAGAUUGUCCUUUUGGCUUGCAGAGCUCCUUUGCUUGCCAACAUUGUAAAACUAUUAAUUCAUUCAAAUGAGUACCUUCAUUUUCCGUUA